AUGGCCUCCACCCUAGCGCUGGACAACACCACCAACGGCGCCCUCUCUACUGCCAUCGCCCCUGUAGUACAGAGUUUGGCGCUCACCGCUGCUGCUCAUCUUCCCCUCGUCCUCAACAUGCAGGAUUCAAACUACACCAUGGGGAGCACUUUCUUCCUCACGCUCUAUGGCAAGUUCAAGCCGCUUCCCCAUGACGAUUACACCGUCAAGUCCUGGAUGUACGGCUCUAUUGCCACCGAUCUCCUCGCCGCCGUCAUGGAGCCCAACAAGCUGACACGUGACCUGUGGACGUGCCUGGAGUCCCAAUUCCGUGACAACAUGGAGGCUUGUGCCAUCUACCUCAACAGCGAGUUCCACUCAAUGGUGCAGGGCACCGUGUCCAUCACGGACUACUUCCAGAAGAUGAAAACACUCGUCGACACCCUCUGUGAUGUCGGCCACCUAGUCAGCGACUCCACCCUCGUCCUCAAUACAUUGUGUGGCCUCAGUCCGCGUUUCUCCAACGCAACCACACACAUCUUCUAG